GCCGGAGAGAGGAACAGAAUGUUACAGACUCUAUUUUGGAGCUGAGCUCAAUUCCGUUUAAGUCUUCUACGUUACAUCACAGCCACUGGCUUAUAAAUCGGGAAAGCAAGGCAGCCCCAGCCCAUCUGGGACAGACUCAAACGAGAGACGGGUGCAGCUUGGUGGAACGGGGCUCUGAUUUCACAUCUGGCAAACCCGACUCUGGAGGAGCAUUUGCUCAGGGCCGGUGACUCUCAUUGCGACCCUGCCCGGCCUCCGUCGAGAACGGCCAGCCCCCGACAGACAGUUUGCGGCACCAGAGCCCCCUGGCUCAGACCCCAGACCGGCUCCAGCUCCCGCCCCGGCACCAUGAAGACGCUUCUCCUCUGCUGCCUCCUCUGGGCCCUGCUGGAGACAGGGACCAGUAUUUCCUGUGAGGUCUGCGUCGGCGUCCACAAGAGCUGUACAGGCCCUGUGCAAGUCUGCAGCAAGGAAUUGGAUUCUUGUGGGAUCAUUAAAGCAGAAUCAGUAGUAGGGAAUAUAAAGACCCCGAUGUUUACGAAGGCCUGCGUGUCCUCCAGCCAGUGCAACCUUGCGCCCCUCUACAUUACUUUUGGGAACGGGAUCUCUAUAAGCUCGAAUGUCGCCUGCUGUGUCGGGGAGGCCUGCAAAACAGCCACUGUUAGCGUGCCCCCGGCUAACACCACCCUCAACGGCCGGCGCUGCCCAGCCUGCUACUCUGCGUUCUCCCAUGACUGCAACGAAGAGAUCAUCGACUGCACAGGCACCCAGACCCACUGCCUGCAUCUCAGUGGCACAGCGAAAAGCGGUCAGACAACUGUGAAGACCACCAUGAAAGGCUGCGCCAGUGAGUCUGCCUGCAUUAAUAUGCAGCAGCUCAAAGGGACAUUCGGGGGGAUCGAUGCGCAUUUCACCACGGCUGAAUGCAGCCCAGUCUCCUCCCGCGUAGACACUGUGGCUCCGGAAGGAGCUGGACUCAUCUUCUCAGCCCUCCUAACCGUCCUGCUGGUGAACAUCGUCUCCUGAUUGCCCUCCUGCGACACAGCCCCGCUGCCCUGGGCAGCCGCACUGCUGUGGCAGGGCUCAGAUUCGCUUCCGCUGUAAUGGGAUGAACAGAAUAAAACAGACACAAGAAAACUGCAAGAGAGCAGGUGUCUGGGUGACUGGGUGGGGGGAGAGGGACUGAUUCUUGGAAAGUGUGUGUGUGUGUGUGUGUGUGUGUGUGUGUGAAUAGUGAAUCUCAGAUAUUGUGUCUUCCCGUGUGUGAUAAUGAGCAUUAGAUUCUGUGGCUGUGUCUACACUGCAGACUCCUUUUGGAAGAAGGUUUUCUGGAAGAGAUUUUUGGGAAAAAUUUCUUCCGAAAGAGAGCAGCCACACUGCCAAAGUGCAUUGAAACGUGAUCUGC